CCUGGCUGCUCUGUUGUCCAGACACACACACUUCCCAGCGGAGCGUCUGCAGUGUGCUGCCAGUCUGUGAGCUGGAGAGACACUCAGACAUUAGAGGAAUCUUCAAAAACAAACUGCAACUUCUUAUACUUUUUUUUUCUGACUGUGGAUGCAAACAGACCUACUUUUGCUUUCCUUAUUUCCUCUGAGGGUCGACUUAUUUCCAGAGAAAGCUGCAAUGCUUCCAUUCUACCUCUUGACUUUUGCUGCCACCGUCCAAGCCUACGACCAGCUGCUGCCAGGCUCCUGCAACUUUGAGUCCAACACCUGUGGAUACACGUCAGAUGCAGACUUUACGAGCUGGACCCUGCACAAAGAUGGCCGUUUUGUCGCAGUGGGCGCAGCCGUCAGCGAUGACCAGGAGGAUGAGACAGGUACCAAUACCGAGCCACAGAGAGAGAUCACUGGAGUCCUGCUGAGUCCGGCUCUGGAUCAGGAGGAGUGGCGCUGCCUGAGGAUCGUCUACCAGAUCAUCGGGUCGGGAAGACUGGAGGUCCUGCAGCGCAUGGAGGGAAAGAGCUUUGACAGGCCGCUGUGGAGAAACCAGGAUCCCUCUGACAGCUGGGUCAUCUCAAGCAUGGACCUGCAGAACAAUACUGAGCCUUACAGGGUUGUCAUUGAAGGUAAACCUGGAUUGAGUGCUGGGAGCAGCGUGGCCAUCUUUGAGAUCCACAUCAGCCCCGGAUACUGCCUGGAGUGUGAUUUUGAGGAGUCUCACCUGUGUGGAUACAGUAAUCAGUGGAACGCCAACGUAAACUGGUUUGUGGGAGGAGGCGGGGGUCAGCUAACCCACAACAACAUACCAAAUGACCACACAUACAACAACAAGACAGGUCACUUGAUGUACGUGGACUCCAUCUACGCCAAGACUUUCAAAGAAGUGGCCAAACUGGUGUCUCCCAUGACGACGGUGCCGAUGUCCGGCUGCCUGAGUUUUCAGUACCAGCGAAGCGAAGAGAGGGGGAACCUGUUCUCUGUUUUCACCAGAGACCGACUGGGUCAGUACCAGGAGCUGUGGAGGGCGGAGACAGAAAACGAGGACGACUGGAGAGGGACGGGGGAAGAAUGGUUACCUGUGCAGGUGGACCUGAAGGCACCGUACUCUGUACAGGUGGUCUUUGAAGUGUCCUUUAACAGCCCGAGAGGCGGACGCGUUGCAGUUGAUGACAUUUCCUUUUCUCCAGAGUUUUGCAGCACAGACACUGAGCCGACCUUUGACCCCUCCAUCGCCAGCUGUAACUUUGAGUCAGGUUUCUGCCGCUACACCCAGGACCAGGUGAUGUUGUCGUCGUGGAGGAGAGUGUCUGUGAAGCCCAACAUAUUUAGGAAUGGAGACCACACCACAGGGGCAGGAUAUUUCCUGUUGGCUCACUCCCGGCUGAGCCCACUCUCUGGUUACAUUAGCCGCCUUAUCGGUCCAACUCUGCCUGGGAACAUGAAGUACUGCUUGAGAUUCUACUACUCCCUGAGGGGUUUCAACCAGACGGACCAGGCUCUCACUGUGUAUCUGCAGCAGCAGCAGAGCAGCAGCCAGGAGAAGAUCUGGACUCAGGGAGAGAGGUCCAGAGGAGUUUGGAUCGCGACGGACGCCACCUUCCAGACAUCACAGCCUGCCAAGGUGGUUUUUGUCAGCACCUGCAGGAGCUUCUGGGACUGCGGCUCCGUGGCGUUGGAUGACAUCAGCGUGAGCCUCGGAGACUGUGAGCUGACGGCAGGUUCGCUGUCGUUGUCUCUGCCAGGACACUGUGACUUUGAAGCUGGCCUGUGCGGUUACACUCAGGAAAAGCACGGCGACGAUGCCGACUGGGAGCUGAGGAAAGGGCAAACCCCGACCUCGUACACCGGGCCAAGAGGAGACCACACCAUGGGAGUCGGAUACUACCUGCACAUGGAGGCGUCGCCUAUGCUGCCCGGUCAGAGUGUGCGGCUCCUGUCCCGACCUCUGAGGGGCUCCCGGGGGCAACAGUGUCUGCGCUUCUACUACCACAUGUACGGCUCGGGCACGGGCCAGCUCAGCGUUCACCUCCACAAGGACGGAGAGGACGCGUUGCUGUGGCAACUGAGCGGCGAGCAGAGCAUGGCCUGGCUGAGGGCCACAGUGGAGUACCAGAGUGACAGCCAGCAUCAGAUUGUUUUCGAGGCCACCAGGGGUUCAUCAGUAAGGAGUGACAUCGCCAUUGAUGACAUUAUCUUGGAGGGUGGACCCUGCCCAGAAGUGGAAAUCAGAGCCACCGUGGGAACCUCCAACGAGAUCGAGUAGAAGGCCAGAGGAAACCAGCUGCGUAGGAUGCAUGAACCCCCCCCCCCUGUUUUAUUUGCACAUUACAGACUCCUGACACCUGCAUGCCAAUCUGAACAUGUAGGAGUGUGGGUUGACUUUUCUUGUAGUUCUGUUUUCAUGGAGCAACACAUAUCAGCUGUGUCAUAGUCGGCAUUUCUCUCUUCACAGUAGCAGCAGAGAGUGUGUUUAACUGUGUUUUUCUUCACAUUUAUAUGCAUUAGAUUAAUGCUCAUUGCUCAAAUAAAGCUAGAAGGUUAUUCACCAUGA